AUGGAUGAAUUAAUUGAUGACAAGGAGGAGUUUUACCGGAAUUUGAACCAAGCAUUAAACGAGAAAACAACUCAUCUUAUUCAAGAGGCUAAUGAUAUUAUUAAUAAUGAGAAGUUUUCUGUGGCGGUUCCAGAGUCAUCUCUUGUUAUCCAUAACGAUGAGGUUCACCAAGGUGGAGAUCUUCCACAUCUGACUCCAAAAAUGGAACCAGAAUCUUCACUAGAUGAUAAUUUGUCAGAAGCUAUUUCAAAGCUAGGAAAGAACUCGAAAACUCGUUACUUAGCUGCAAAAAUGCGCGUAUUAGAAACUGAAAACGUCAGGUUGAAGAAUGAGCUUCGUGCAGCGCACAAUGAACUGGGAAAGCUGUCAGUAAAGCUUCAAGAGGUUGGGCAGGAGAAAGCUCGCCUUCACCGACAGAGUGGUCACGAUUCUGUGAAUCUAGAGCGUCUCCGUGCUGAUUUGGAGUCAGCCAAACAGAGAGCAGAAAGUUUGACACUUGAGAGGGCCGCUCUUGAACGCCAACUAGAAACAGAACGUCGUCAACAUGAGAAGGAUAAUUCUGGCGCACGCAGCGUUGAGAUUAGAUUUCAGCGCGCUUUGGAAGACGUUCAACGUCUUCGUGACCAGUUGGAUAAGUCUCGUUCCAACGAGGACAGCGCUAAACGUCAACUGGAAACCGUUACAAAUGAAAAUCGGCGUUUGGAACGGCAGAAAUCUGAAUUAAUUGCUGCUUUUAAGAAACAGAUGAAACUCAUAGAUGUGCUUCGACGGCAGAAAAUGGAGAAAGUUAAAAGCGUUGUGGACGACCUAGUAGACCUCCCAGCUCUUCCCCAACCUCCCGGUAUAAUGAUUCGACAAGGAGCAGAGGCUAAAAUAUUCAGCAUCCCGGCAGGAUUCCUCACCACUUUACCAGACUUAGCUUGCAUCGUCAAAGAAAGAUUUGUAAAGACCUAUCGCCAUCCAGCCCUGGAUUCCUCUCUAUCACUUCGUCGAAUGCGCGCAGAGGCAAGGCAACUUGUGAAAUGCCGUCAGUUGGGCUUACCAGUUCCGGCUCUUUUGUUAGUUGAUCUAGCCCACCGUCAGCUAUGGAUGGAGAAUGUUUGUGUACCGAAUGGAAUGUCUUUGGGAGACUGGUUUCAAGAGGUUUUGAACUUAGUAUCACCGCGUCAGUAUCUGGACACAAUGGCCGAGAGAUUGGGUCAGCUGUUAGCGAAAAUGCAUGCAAAUUGUAUCAUUCAUGGAGACUUGACUACAGCGAACAUUCUUGGCAAGCCAGAGGAUAAAUUUGAGAACUACCACCUCUACCUCAUUGACUUCGGACUGUCUUCCAUCAAUCACCGCGCAGCUUCUAACCUCCACGAUGAAGAGAUAGCUGUGGAUCUCUACGUUUUGGAAAGAGCUCUAAUCAGCGCAUUAUUGACUCGAAAGGAGGACGAAGGCUUUGAAUUCACUCCUAAAGCAUUCUUUGAGGCUGUUCUCGCGGCUUACGCCAAGGCUUAUCCAGUUGAGGUUCUCGCUAGACCUGUCGAGGCAUCCCCUAUGGUGAUGCGAAAACAGCCACAACAAGGGAAGAAAAGAGCUCAUCAUAGUUCCGCCUUGCGGAUACUGACUCACGAUGACGCAGUCCACGAGGUAAACGGAAUUCUGCGAGCUCUCAAAGAAGUUCAAAGUAGGGGCCGUAAACGCCUCAUGAUCGGCUGA